UUCGGUGUUUUUUGACUCUCUUUCCAAUCUUGAGCUUUCUUGUGCUGCAUGUGGCCUUCCUGUCGGGCCCUGGGCCCGGGUGUCGUCAGCAGCCUUUGCGCGGUCACCUCACAGCAACCACUUCUCUCUUGACUCUCGACUUGUUUUUGCUCUUCCCGUUGCUUGCGGCGCGAGCGGGCCGUAGAGCGCCACGCUUGUGAUUGUUGCCGCGUUUGCGGCGUCUCUCGUUCUCGCGCCUCUGAGCGUGCGCGAGAAGCAGGGACGGCGACGACGACGACGACGACGAAAGAAGAGGCGGGGGUUUCGCGUCAAUUCUUGAAGUCGUCUGUAGGUUACCCACUCCCCAUCAUCGCGUUGGUGAAACUGAGCGGUUGUUGACCCGCUUGUGCCGGACUUGGCGUCUUUUUCACGGGGGAAAUCGAUUCCUCUACUCUAUCUGUGUCGUGACUCUGCUGUCCUGUCGGCUGCAAUGGACACCGAACAAGGGAAACUUUUCAUUGGCGGGAUAGCAUGGGACACGACAGAGGAGAAAUUGAGGACGUAUUUCGAGAGAUACGGUGAGAUCAUUGACACAGUGAUCAUGAAGGACAACCAAACGGGCCGAGCUCGUGGCUUCGGGUUUGUUGUCUUCUCUGACCCAGCAGUUGCUGAUCGUGUCGCGCAGGAGAGCCAUACGAUCGAAGGCAGGCAGGUGGAAGCGAAAAAAGCCGUACCGAGGGACGAGCAGCAGAAUAUGCAUAGGAGCAGCAGCAGCGUUCCUGGGCCAGCCAGUCAGACUAGGACAAAGAAGAUUUUUGUCGGUGGCUUAGCUUCUUCGGUGACCGAAGAGGAUUUCAGAAAAUAUUUCGAGCAGUUUGGAACCAUCACGGAUGUCGUGGUCAUGUAUGACCACGCGACUCAAAGGCCCCGCGGUUUUGGCUUCAUAACAUUCGAUUCUGAACAGGCUGUCGAUAAAGUCUUGCAGAAGGCUUUCCAUGAGUUGAACGAUAAGACGGUGGAGGUGAAGCGGGCUGUUCCGAAGGAGCUGACCCCGACUGGUGGCGGUGGAGGUCGUGGAUAUGGAGGUGGCAGAGGUGGCUAUGGAUCUGGUGGUGGAUAUGGUGGGGGGUAUGGACAGGGGCAAGGAGGCUACGGAGGUGGGCGGGGUGAGCGGGGCUAUGGUGGCCCUAGCCCGCCUCCUGGAGGGCGUGGUGGAUAUGGUGGUGGAUAUGGUGGUGGCUAUGGUGGGAACGGUGGUUAUGGGGGCAAUGGAGGGGGGUAUGGAGGCAACGGUGGUGGGUAUGGUGCUCAGGGAGGUGGUUAUGGUGGACAGCAAGGAGGCUAUGGUGGUGGAGGUGCUAACGGAGCUGUGGGCGGUGCAGGGUAUGGUGGUGCAGGAUAUGCUGGAGGUGGAUAUGGUGCGGGUGCAGGUGGAGGCUAUGGCGGUGGUGGGUAUGGGACGGGGGUUGCUCCAGGUGGAUACGGUGGUGCUGCCAGUGGCUACGGUGGGCAAAGUGGUGGAUAUGGUGGUGCGGCGGCGGGUUCUACUGCUGCUGCUGGUAACGUGAGAAGCGGCUGGGGCGGGAGCGCAGGUGGAGGUGCUGGUUAUGGAGGGACAGGUAGUCCUGGGGCUUAUCCUGCUGCGAGUGGAGGGGGUCCGGCUCCUUAUGGCAGCUCAGCACAGGGUUGGGGCUCGGGAAGUGGUGGUCCUGCUUCUUCUGCUCCUGCGGGUGCAGGAUAUGGUGGUGGGUAUGGUGGUAGUGAAGCUGGAUAUGGCUCAGCCGGGGCACCGGCAUCUGCCGGAGGUUACAGCGGUGGCAGUCGAACUAGCGGUGGUGCUUACGGUACCGGAGGUGCAGGUGCUGCGUACUCACAGGCAAGUGGCGGCGGAGGGGGAAGUGGUUAUGGUAGCUAUGGAGAAGUGUACGGUGGAGGUGCAGGAUAUGGCGGAAGUGGUGGUGGUGGAUAUGCUGGGAGUGGUGGUGAGCAGGGAUCAUGGAGUCGAUCGGGGGAGUAUGCAGCAGGAGGAAACACUCCAACAAGUGCUGGUGCGAGCGCCGGCGGAGGAGCCGCAGCUGGAUACGGGCCUAGUGGAGUUCCUGCUGACAAUGGAGGUGCAAGCGGUGGAUACGCUGGUGGCUAUGGGCGCCAGCAAACGCAGAGAGCACCCGAUGCACGAUUCAGGCCCUACCCCGCGACCGGAGAGAGGGCGUAGGCGAAAUGUUGAAGACAUUCUAGCGUCUCUUGGUUCUUUUUCUUUAAAAACCCUUUGCCGUUGGUCCUCUCCGGCCCUUCAAUUUUUAGUAGUAUGUUUACAGGAUGCGUGAUUCGAGCGAUUGAGAAUUGAGUGUGGGGACUGAAACGCAGUACUAUGAGGAAUGUGUCUGCAGUAGCAAGAUUUCAGCAAUGCGACUCCAAUAGGCAGCAGGAGCAGCGGCGGCGGCGACGGAGUAGGAUUCAGGAUGAGCGAUUCUUAGAAUCUGUAGGCUGAGGGCCCUCUGCGAAAUUAGGAUAGAAUAGGCCUUAUAGCUUUAGGAGUGAGUCUUAACAGGGGGAACUAGCAUGCUAAUCUAGUUUCGGCGGUACGGAAUGAGGCAGGUGAUGGUGGCCUUUGCAUGGGGCCCUUCCUCCUGUCUGCUUACCUCUAGCGUUGCGGUUGCCGCUUUGGAAUGCUUGUAAUAUUUUGACACCAAACUCUCUCUACAGUUAAGACCCUUCAUUGUAGGGUGUAAGGGGUAUGAUGAUGGUUGUCUGGAUGGGUUUGUUGGUGAUCAGCCAGCAAGAAGGAAAUGAUGAGUUGUCGUUUGUCGACUCAUCUUGCAUUCGCUGUUCGGAUCAUCGGGAGGGGGUGCGGGUGGGUGUGUAUGAAUGGCUGGCAAAGGGAAGGGUUUGGCGGAUGGGUGGCGAGGCCGAAGAGACGUGAGGGGUUUCUCGUGUAUCAUCGAGGUGUGUGUACAAUCCAUGUUGUCCAUUUCUCUAUGUUUUGGCUUCUCAUGGAAUUGUGUUUGUCUGACGGGAAUCGCUGUUAUGGUGUUUGUUUGGAAAGUGUAUGUUUUCAACGGGAUGUUUUGAAUGCAUCUGAUGGCGAGGGAGGAUUGGUACCGAGGGGGAAAUGCUAUAUGUAUGCAUGCUGAAAUGAAAUGCUCGGAAUCGCUUUGGGAAGUGUGCAUUACGACCCUGCUGUCUGAACGAGUAUACCCAUGCCGUAGGGUUUUGGAUGCAUUGUUUCUGAACGGACCACGUCGUCGAGUGGAUCUAUUGUGUGUAGUACUCUAACGACGUCGUUUAGGCAGUUUCAACGUGGUGGGGAAUGUGUUUGCUGCGUAAAACAGGGUGCUAGGGGAAACAAAACUGCUGCUGCUCAACGGGUGUGCAUGGAGGUGCGCACAUUAAAGGAAGGGAGAAGCCUCACCAGACCGUGUAAUCUGAAAAUCAGUUGCACCGCAGACAGGUUGUAGGUGGAGGACCAGUUACAUUGCAGUACGUACACAAGUGUCUUUGCAUGAUGGGGGAAUAUCGCCUGUGAUUAAGUUCUGGUGAGUGGUAUAGCCCAUGUUCCUUGGUUAGGUGUUAUGUGGAGGGUUAUCAGGUUGGGUGUUGUGUGGAAGACCGUCGGCUGGCUGUGGCUGUAUCGGAAAAAUCCCAUGCUGUAACUUGUGACACACACAAAAUCACUGAAAAACUGCCUACUAUAACUGUAGUAGUGCCUGAAUGAUGGAAAAGGUGGGCUUGAACCUGUAUGUUAACCCAAAAUGUUCUUUCCUGGGUUGUGGGUGUGAGAUUGUUGUGGUAUCAUGCACGAUGUAGUGUGCUCGUAGAGGGUUUGCAGUCUUGAAAGUGGAAGUCCUGUUGUGUUGUGUGUAAUGUAAUGGCUGGACUAAGUUAAUGCGCGCUGUAAAGGCGAAGUGAGCAGAGCAUUGAAUCUUCGAAGUGCUGAAGGCCUUAGCAGAGGUAAACGAAGAACGGGCACUCGUGUGCAUGUAGUUCGAUUGGAUCGACGACGCACCUGUGCAUGUAGUCCGCUUGGAUUGACGAGGACUGCUGGCGGAUGUCGGACGUGUCGAUAUGUGAAACCGUGAAGAAAGAAGUCGGUCGUGGUUUCUCACAUUGACACACCGGAAAGAACGAACUUUUCUUCUUUCGUUGCGGAGGUGAGAACUGUGUUGGCAGUUGAAUGCGCUCGUGCGUCAGGAGUCUGACCACAAC